AACCGAUUGCUGUAAAAAUUUGCACAUAGUAGGUAUUUGUUAUGGAGCGUGUUUGUGUGCUAUUAGUUGGGGAUUAUAUGUCCGCCAGAUGACGCUUCGGAACAAAUGGUGUUUUCCUCCUAUUUCGUUGAUAGUCGCAGCAACGCGCGACAGGUUGACACUAGUAUAGUAUAAAAGCCAGGACAAAAUUGAAAGGGUGAAAUUUCCUUUGUUUUUAAUCCAUUUAGAAUCUACAGAAUAAAACGCAUUCAAACUUGACCAAGUAGCCUUGCAGCAGCGUUACGUAUUAAUCACGGUGAGCAAGGUAAGGCUACAACUCUGUUAACAAGAUCGCACUUAACCGUUAUGUGUCCGACAGCGUACUCCUUUGCAGAUUUUAAUUUAUGAAAUUCCAGUAUUCUUUCCCAAACUGAAAAUUGCAACUUAGUGACACCUUAGAAUUAUACCAAGCAUAGCUUUUGGGAGCAUAAAACUAAUGAUACAGUGAUCGGGGGCUUGAGGGUUUUUGUAUUUCUUUAGCCCCGUAACAGGCCGGCGGGGUACCCGGGUACCACCAAAACCGAAAUACUAAUAGCUAUUGGAAUUUUUAUCCAAUCUGGAUACAUUUGGAUGUUUUGAAUUCCGGAACUCAACCACUUUUAGAAUCUGUAAAAAUGCAUCUGAUUCCCGGUUAUUCAGAUUUCCGGAAGUAAGUUUUAAUACUGGGAUAUAAAAUGUAUAAUAAUAUAAUUGACCCCGCAACACUCUAUCCGGAGCAGGUACCCGCAAGGCCGUGAGUGACCGUUCCGAGGUUAAAUCGUCAUAUGAUCCCGUAACGAUAAGAAAAAACCAUCCGAGACAAUCAAGUUCAAUUUCAUCGAUUCUAAAAUUGGAUGGUUUCCUGAAUUCAAGACAUCUAAAAGUGGUCUAAAACUAUUAAAAAUUGAGAUAGCUACACACUUUUGCAUUUGAGGGUACACGGGUACCCUGUCGGCCUGUUUUCUUUUUGUUGGACACACAACGGAUGAUCUGUGGGCUAUCGUCACCUUCUGUAGCGAAAUGAUAAGCCUCCGACCGGAUAGGAGGUUUGUGCAGCUGUAACAAGUCCGGAAACACCUUUGCGUACGGAUUAAAUCAAUUAAGUCAUGCUACGGAAAAAAGAGUGGCUAUUGGAAAUUUGGAACUGUAAGUCGCUUGGAUCGACCGAAUUCUGCACAACGAGUUGCAAACUCGCAACCACGGGCUCGUAGUAUUGCAGAAACUUUGUUCGGCAGAUGUGAAAAAACGGACAUCGAGCAGCCUACCACAACGGCACAACAAACGAGCUGGGUUUUAUAGUGCUGGAGAAGAUUCGCCUAUGCUUGUUCCAGUAACAGCGAGAGACUGUGUAGUGAGAAACAAAAUUCCGUUUCUUCAAAUACCGCAUCAUAAACGUUCAUUGCCCAAACAAAACGAGACCAGCGAACUACAAAGAUGCAUUUUAGGCCGAGCUGGAGCGUUUCUAUGACAGCUGCUCACGAUGGGAUAAUAAAUUGAUUUACGGCGACAUGAACGCCCAGACACACAGAGAAAAAUAUUUUGCAAUUUUAAAUUUAUUUUCAUGCACAUAUUUGGAGCAAGAAUAUCAAUGUAAAAUUAAGUUCCAACACAACUUGUCGUGCUUUCUGCCAACGAUCUUCACUCCACACAAAUGCUAGUACAGCACUCGUGAGCAUGGACGCCGAGGCUCAACAUCUUGCAGCUACGAUCGUGCUGCGGAAAUACGUGCAGAAGCUGGAGACGGCACUAUCAACAAAAGAAUAGGUAUGUGUGACUACUCUUGAUGGCUGGAGCAACUUAUGAAGCAUCACAGGUAGCACUACUGAGAUGAAGAGACGAAUACGGCAGAGGCAAGAAUGAUGCAGCACCGUACGAGGGAGAACGAGAAACGAUGCAGGCAAGCACGGAUCAGAAAAAAACGGUAUUCCACUGGGCACUCCACUGGGUGAUUUGGAAGAUUUAAGAGGAAGAGACUUUACCGGAUGAUUGUAUGGUGAACAUGGUGACCGGCGUUGAGAACACCAGCAGAGAAAUUCAGAGAUGUAUUCUGGCAGGUACUUUGGGCUCGGGUUUUAGUCAAACAAAGUACGAUACGGUACGAAGCAAACCAGCUACAAAAUAUUCAUUGAACCGGUUGGCCAAUGGGCUAUGCAGACCCGUAGUGUGCGGUUAGCUAGGUUGACCCCCUGCCAAGCUUAGAGGGACGCUAAAAUUUGCUAUAUAAAAUAAGUAAGGAUAAAUAUUAAAAUAAGUAGGGUAAAUGCGCUAUACUAAAAAGGAGCACUAAACUGAAAUUCCACCAAAAGUAUCAAAAGAGUACGAUCCGGCCCUAUCAGUCCCAUCUCAAAUCUAAAGUUGAUAGAAGAUUAAAUAACGAACUGCAAUGACUUCCAAUUGAAAAUUGUUGCAAACUUAACGCUCGCUUUCAUAGCUGCAUAGCAACAAAAAUGAGACAAAUAUUUGAUCGUGGACAGUAAAGCAGUCACCUCCUUAAAACUGUAGCAAAUAUCAUGAAAAAAGUUAGAUGGUUUAUCAGCGAGGAGAUACCCCAUUUUUGGUGUUUCUUGAAACGCUGGAAGCUCGUUUUUUAUCUCAAAUUUCAACGACCAGGAACUGUUUGCUUCAGCUUUGUGUCAUCGCUUCCUAUAGCUGUUGUAUUCGGUCGCUCAUGAGGAAAAUGUUUACCUUUACAACAAAUCUCGUUCGAUUACAGUUUUUAGGAGGAGUAACAGAUGUCUCACGAUGGGGAUCGUCAGAAUCAUAGUCUUCCUGAGCCAAGAGAACAUAACGAUUUUUCGUGGUGAGGCGUAGCUCUCCUUAGUGUUUCUGUUAAAAAGUGCUUUGAGCGGCUUUGAAUGGGUUUUAAUUCUCUGCGCACUUGCCCCUCGUGGUUUUAUUCUACAAUAGCCUAUUUACCUUUAUUUAGUGCAAAACAUGACGUGCGGUACGAACCUUGGUAUAGAACAAGAUCGACACAGCAAUGCUGCUAAUGGUCACCCGACACGAGUUUGAAGGGACAUACAGUUUUGUCCCGUCCUGUGCAAUUGCCAUUUAAAAUCUUCAAACACUGUAGAAAGCGGUCCUUGAAACAACACCGCCAAUCUCAACUAUGUGAACCGACAUUUAGAUGUUGUUAGUCCGUCAUAAAGUCUCCUGAAAAAAUGCUCCGGCACUUGGCAUCAAGCACCUAACCUCGAAAACAAAUCUGUAGUGAAGAUAUUUUCAAACUUUAGUAACCUGUUGGCACUCUAUAUUAAUGGUUUCGAUUUUCCACGUCACUUUCGAUUUCCUAAAAAAUAGUUUUCGUGCUUUUUUAUAAAAGUCCACAUACUUCGAUAUCUUAAUUUACUUCAUAAACUAUGUGCGGAUAAGUCAUAAAGUAAGGCACGAUAAGUGUGCCAUUUUCAAUUAUACACUCAAUUAUUGGUCGAAAGUCGAACAGAAAAGGAUAGUCAAGUGGCGUUCAGGGCACAAAACUAAGACUCCGCCAAGAGCGCCAGAAGACCACGUUACGGCUCUGAGGCUAUACAAGCGAAGUUGCAACGUACCAUGGGUGUUUUCGAACGUAAGAUGUUGCGAGCGAUCCAUGGACCGAUGCAGUUGUUAGUCAGCAUGACAGCAUGGCGUAUGAACCACGAAUUGCAACAGUUGUAUGGAAAACUAUAUAUCGUUCACACAACAAAAUAGUUGGGCACGUCGUUAAAGUGGCUAACGACAACCCGGUAAAAAUGGUUCCCAAAACUAAUCCGACUAGCACAAGUAGCCACAACGAGCAAGGUGGGUCGACUAAGAAGGGAACCUGAGGAGUCCUCGAGCUCUAUGAAGCUGGCGACAAACGGCAAUGAACGGAGUGAGCUAGAGACGACAUAUUGAUACAGCAAAGGACAUGGCAUUACACUGAUUGGUACGGUAGGUAAUAAGAGAGUUAAAGAAGUUAGUGCCAAGAUCUCGGUGUUGUCAAAAAUCAAUUGCAAUUGUAAAUGAUGGAAAUUACCAAAAGUUUGGAAAGGUUACUUGAAAUAAAUAAAACACCGUAUAACGUGUGGGAUAUAUUUGCCACAAUUAAACAGUGCUAAUAUAAACAUAAGAAAAAAAUUAACAUCAAAUUUACUUACGAUUACAGCAGUAAGAACCCAUUUUUUUCUCGUUCCUCAUUUGUGAGAAAUAAACUUCAUUACAGAUUUUUUUCUCUCAAAAAUAGUUAAGUUAUUAACCCUUUCAUGCCCAACUUUUUUCUAGUGCAUGUAGGGUUUCAAAACUAUUUUUUCUUGAAAACGGAGAGACCAAGAAACACGAAAAGUCUAUUGUCAAAAAGAUAGGUGCUUCCAUUGCAGUGCUAGAAGCUGCUCAAUUUUUACCUUCCAAUGCUCAAUACAGUGCUCCAAGAAUAUUUACAAUAGUCCAAUUGCAUGGAAAACGUAGCCAAAGACAGUCUAAAUUGAUAAGUUUUAUCAGUUUUCAAUAAUAUUGCACCAUAACGAAGAUAUAUGAAAAAAAUAUUUUACGUUGUCAACGUAAGCUGUCCCUGGCAGCACUGCUCCAUCGGAAUCGAGCCAGACUAAUUGCAAUACCUUCGCUUCUAGAGCUGAUCCUUGUAACUGUUAUUACUCAAAUGAAAGGCAAUAGUCACAUUCACUAGUCUUACUUGUUUUUGUGAGCAAAUCUUGCCUCAAUCAAAAGUUAUAGUUGUUUAAAAACGUUGUUGUCCACAGACAACAUGGGCACAAAUGGGUUAAUAAAGGAUUUUCUUAAAAUAAUUUGCGUUUGCAUUUGCUAAGAUCGUUACGUUUGAGGUUCAAGUUCAGAUAUAUAUUGUUUUGUUCCGUCAGAUCCGUCGUACUUCUGAUCGUCAACAAUUAAUCUUCUACAGGCGCCAAAACAAAAUGAAUUCAAACGUUUCACCCGCGCUUAACGUUUAUCGCCAUUAAUGAACAAUGAUAGUCACUAAUAAAUAAUUAAAUUAUGUUGAGCAGCAUGUGCCGCCCCCAAAUUUUGCCGCUCGGGGCGGCUGCCCCCUUCGCCCCACCCUUAGCGCCGCCACUGCAAGAGGGUGAAUGUUUUGACGUUUCUUUGAAAAAUGAGUGAAGCCAACAUAAGCUGGCUUCCUGGCUCGGCUAGUAGCCAAAAAUGACAGCGAACGCGUUUUAAGCAACAUUCACAUCGCUACGAGCCAAUGUUGUUAACUCGACCUGAAACUUAUCGAAUAUCAUACAAACUUCAUUUUGAUGUACUUAACUGGUACUCAGGUGAUAAAAGUGUCCGGAUUGUGUGGAAAAGAAGCGAUGCAAGAGAAAGCAUGAUUUAAUGAUUGAUUUAUUGUUAAUAAUUACUUAUUUUGAAUCCCACUUUUAAUGUUUACUUUUAGUGUUGUACAGUUCAUGUGAACAGACCUUGAACAUUUGAUACAAAACUAGCGCUACUGGCAUUUGGUGGCAGCUUCAGGCAACAAACAAUUUUCACAGGGCUGGUGCUCAGUCACUGCAACAAUUGAGUUCUUUGCGACCGGUCUCACGAACACUAAUGAAGUAUCCUGGUUGAAAACAAUCCCAUUUACUUUUGCUGUCUUUGUUUAUUAUUUUUCACCAGCUUGUGAUGUAAUAUUUGUGUCAUGUGCCAUGCCGUACAUGAGCCGUAGAAAAGUCUAUGUUCAGUCCAUGGAAGCGAGACAUCGUGUGCGUAACGUGGAAGAGAUGAUAGAGAGCGUAUGUCUGUGUAUGUAUGUAGCUCGUGGUUAGAUCAUAUCGGAGUGUGCUUGUUUAUUGAGUGGUUUAAACCGAACUCUUACCGAGUGCGAUAAUAUUGAGUGCGUGUUCGGGGUUGCAGUGAACACUUAUCGAGUUCUAUAUGAUUUUUGUGCCAUUUUUUCACGUAGGGGUUUUGCCAGAGCCCGCUCUGCUUCGAGCAUGUACCAUACCAUACACGCCACCAAAAAAGAACUGAAUAUUCGGUUAAAAUCACCCAAAUGUGAUCUUCCAUGCAGGAAGUCAAUAUUAGGUAAAACCAGUUUUACUUACUUUUAAGUAACUGCGCCGACUGCAUUGAUUAGGUAAAUAUCACCCAACCGAAAUUGGAAUUGCGUUAGGUAUUUUUUACCUAUUCGUUUUUUUGCAUGCGACCGUCUACUAGUUAUUUUAAUUGGGUUUUUUAGUUAAUCAUCGAUGAAAGAAGGAUUUAUAUGAAAUCUAGAUAAAAACGCAAAGUAAUGUACUUUUUCAAAGUAUUUAUUGAUUUCUUUAUGGAACCAAAACAAUAGUAUACUAUAUCAAGCAAACUAAUAACAAUAAUGGAAGUCUAUUUGCACACUGUGUUAUCUAUCACACCUAUGAAGUCUCGUACUCUCCGUACCUUGCAAUUAAAGCUGCUACUGAUCUGCUUCGGCAUACUGUAGUUAUUUUAAAUUCAUAACUGACAAAAUCGUACAUCUUUUUGAGCAAGAUAGGUACGUGUAAAUCGAGAACACUGAAGAUUUUGAAGAAUAUGUCUACUGUUUCCAAAGCUCGACGACCACAUGGUAGAAUAAACUCAUUGAAUACGAUGAACAGACACCCUUCCUUGAACGUGGGCGCUACGCACACAAUGUGAGGUACUGCGCGUUCUGGCUUGCUAAGUACAUACUGGUUCACAGUGGCGUAGUCAGCUUGACCAUCAACUAGAUGGCUAGGCUAGAAAAAGAUUAAAGCAGACUAUCAGAAAUAAGUUGGUUUGCUUAAGGUGAAACUGAGUCAAGUUCUAACCCUAACCGCAAUCAAAGAGUAAAAUCUGCAGAAGUUUUGUUUAGAUUCUGACUAAGUUUAAGGGUUACACGAAAAAUGCACAAACGUGAUCAAUUUCACAAAGUUAUAACGGUUCGCUAGUUGGUAUUUUUAAGUUCAGUUGAAUGUUAGUUGGUCGUAAUAAUAUUUAAAUGUGAAAUACGCUUUGACAAUCCAACGGACAGUUUAGCAGAAGUUGUGAAUCGACCAGCAAAUCGCCGUAAUUUUUUUUAUUAAGGUGGUUUUGAAUAACACUUACGUAUACCCAUUUGAUGAAAGGCCCAGCCAAAACCUCUUCGAUUGAUACUGUAUCAUCAUCAGCCGUACGUUUUAUUCCACGGUUGGUAAGCGUUUUCAUAAUUCUCAGUGCUCCUUUAAUGUACUCUGCAAAUCGAAGAUUUUCAUUAUAUUUUUCUCAGAUUACCUAGUUAUUGGAAAAUCUGUUGGAAUAGUGACUAAACAAUACUGAUAAUUUACCGUUGGUUAAGGGGGUCUAUACAAUUCUCAGUGUAAAUAAAAAUUUUCUAAUACUAUACAAAUAAUGUGAAAUAAACUCCCCAAACUUACAAGACAGAGUGUAAAUAAAAUAUUGCUGACAAAAAAGAAACGCCUACCAUUUUUUCAGGAAUUUCAUUGAAUUUUAGGGUUUAAUUUUUCAGAUUUUAACCACUUGCAAUUCAUAGAAAUUCGUGAAAUAACAAAUAAAGACAUCCCAAACAACCCAAAGUUCAAAUAAGUGUGUUGCAUAAGCCUCUCGUUUUAAGUAAUUUUGCUAUACGUUUUAUGUUCUAAUAGCGGCGUAAGCAGCCAAUUAAAGUUUAAGCAGCUUGAGACUUCGCUAGAAACUUUAUAUGAGCUUUAAAGUGUUCUUUUGAAGUAUUAUCUGAACUGCUGGUUACCUGGGAAUUCUUGUUUUGUUUGUUUGGAUUUUAACAUAACCGUAGGAAAUUUUUGUAUUUCUACGAAUUGUUGGCGGACAGCUUAUACACAGAGAACUAUAUUAUGCCAUGGAUAGCUCUAAUUAGAAUCGGUUGUGUCACUUGAGCCUGAAUACGAACUAGAACCAGCUAGCAUUCUUCCCCAUUUUCCGGCUUAACUUAAUUGGCGUAUAAGCUAACUGUCCAAAUUCACUUUGAGGAGAAAUUCCGAAAAAAUACACUGUUAUUGGCCGAACAUUUAGUACCAACAGCGGUCAUUGGCAACGAACAGUUUACCUCCAAUUUCCUCUAAAUGAAUUUCAAGUUGACAUUUACGGCCUAAUCAUGUUUGUUGAGAUAUUACAUUUAAAGCUAUAUAAUUAUUCAAAGUAAAGAACAGUCCGAGACACGUAUAGACCCCUUCAAAUAUUUACUGCUUUGAACUUCGCUCCAUUUAGUAUCAAGCAUCAAUCCAAAGCACAGGAGUUUGGCCAAAUCUGCUUGCUUGUUGUAUUGUGGUUGAAGUCGGUCAAAAACUUGUUGUAUCUGAAAAUAGUAUUCCAAUGUUUUAUUCAAUAGCAGUAAUUGAGUGUGAUUAUUACUCACCAUGAUUCCUUCGAAGGAGAGCAGAUGUGGAAAAGAUGCGAUAAUGGCUUUGUAUUUGUCUGGGCUCUUCUGCUGAAGCAAGGAUUUGUGUAGCUCGGUACAAUUGGCCAUUCCUUCCGAGAUAUACCUUCCAUUUUGGGGAACCGGAGUAAGUGUAGCCAAGCAAGCUGCGUUUUCAUACAUAGAUACUGGUGGUAGAAUUUUCAUUUCGGGCUUCUUUCUUCUGAAUUGUCUCUCUUCAGCAGGUAUAUCCUUUCGCAUAUUACCGACACGUGUUUCAAUUAUACCCGAAUGGCGCCCAAAUCCACUGCCGCCAAAUCUCCAGAAGAAAUACGACUAGAAAUAAACGUAUUGUGUUAAAUUGAUAUAGUUAAAAGUUUAGUUAUUCACAUUUACUUCUUUCGGAGCUUCCUGGCUUAAACGAGUUCUUUCUAGAUGGGGAAAUUCUUCCAGAAUUCGAAUUGCCAAAUCUUGCUUAUCCUGCCAGGAUUUACCUCUUACCCACCUCUGGAUUUUACACGGGGGUUUACCGCAACCGCGACGAACUCUAUGUACAGUACAAGCGUGUGGUUGUGACGGUCCAAGUCGCAAGACAAGUGUGCGUUGAAAAUGCGGUAGUUAUUUUUCCAUUUGUUUCUACUGCGAGGAUUGAGUGAUUGUGCUGGUUGUGUGUGUCAACGAGUGAACGCGAAGAACGCCGUUGCUACGGCCACUAUACACAGACUGCACUGGCGAAGUGUCAGGGAGUACAUCACUCAAUAUUUUAUCUCCACAAGCUGAAUCUGUAACGAUUACCGUUAGCUUUGGGUAGUUUAUAGUGUGCGUCAUUUGGGGUACCAAUGAGUUUUUGCGAUGUGUGUUACCACUGAGUGUCGAAGCUUAAUAUACAGGCAUGUCAUUGGAGUAACAGUUUUCACUUUCUGCUGGAAGUUCUCGUGUGGGGUAUACAGUGUCAUUGUUCUUUCACAAUAGUGAAAUUGGGUGUAAACUUUUAUAAUAAACCGAUUAACCGGUUUCACUCUAUUGCCUGAUUCUAUCUGUUCCUUUUACCUGAAAAUCUCGCAUUCAUGCGAUAAUCUAUCUUGAUAGUAAUUUCAUAACUGUAUCUGUAUCUGUAUCUACUAUCUUGUUACACCGGAAGUAGUUGUUUUAAUGCAAACUGCUAUGUGGCAGAAUGCGCACUUUCUUACCUCUCGACAUUCUUAUUGGAAAAGGAACCAUCCGAGACAUGAGACGAGUUACUCUUUUUUCGAGCUACAUUUGUUUUCCGUUUCUUAAAUUUAGUUCUCAAAAGUCUCCCAUCUCAUGCCUCCACACGCAUUUAAGUCUAUUGAUGACAUUUGGUCCUUAGACCGGCGACGCCUGGGUGCUGUCAACCUUCUGCCGAUAGUAGCGGAAUAAGAGGGUGCGAACAGAUCUAAUCAAGGAAACACUGCCGUAAAAAUGAAUAUCUGAUCGGAAAUCAGCCGCAACAAGACUUUAAUUUGACUAAUGUCGAUGAUCGCGGGUCAAUACAACUGAAAAUUUGCCGCGCCUGUUUUUAUUAAUCUUAUUUCAAGUUUCGUUAUUGGUAACCAGCCCGUGUAUCAGGUUAACAAUUCCUUGUAUUUCUCUUCAAUGGUCGUUAUUAUCGCUCGUCUACGUGUAUUUUACAAAUCAUCCGAUACGUAAAAUAGGAAAUACAUACCUUGAAUUAUAACAUCUAGCGCUAUCAUAACUCUUUGUCUGUAUAACGUGUUAUCACUCGGUAGUUUUCAACUAAAUAAAUAUAUCGUAGAGAAGAAAUAGCGAAUUCUGUCUAAAUGCCGUUAUAAUAGAUAGUGAUCCUGUACGCACCGCUGGGCACACGUCGAUCGACCCUAUUGCUAAUAAUGUAGUACUAGACAGGCAUUGAGUGUACUCUUAUCUACCCGGAAAGUGGGGGCUGCCGGCAAUGAUGGCUAUCAUGUGUUGAGGUUUUAAUAUGUGUCGGAUUGGUAUGAAUUCCUACUUACCACUUCCUAAGCAACUCUUAUUAGAUAAUCAGCAGUCAUACAUGAUGAAGUUAGUGUGCAAUCCGCCAAAAUCAUCGUCACAACGCAACGCAACGCAACUCAUACUCAUAACUUUUACACUAAAUGAGUUAUCUCAAAUCUGUCAAUAUAAAUAAUAUUCGUCUCAGUAAGCUCUAAAAGUUUUGUGAAGACGCUAUUGACGGAAAAAGAUAUUUGAAAAGGUAUAACGAAAAAACUGAUUUUGUUAGCGUUACCCUAUCACACAACAUUUUAAUAGCUGUAAAAUUAAAGCUAUUAAAGCUACAAAUAUGAUGUCCUCAGCAAAGUUGCUUGAAAAAGGUUGUACUACAAUUUUGCAGAACACUUCAUUUCUUCUAUCUCUUCAUAUUUCGAAAAUAAUUUUCAGAUCGUACAAACAAUAUGGACCACCCUAUUGUCACCCAUCUCAAAAGAUGCCUCCAUUGAUUCAGAUUAUUUGUUCCGAAGACAAUCUCUAGAACCAGUAGUUUAGUCACAAAUGUUUUUGUCAUCCUAAAUUCUGGAUUCGGACCACUGUACAGCGUGGCAGGAUACUUUGACUCUCGACUUCGUUUCAUUCAACGUUGAAUUGGAUGCAACGGCUUAGAGAGUUUCGAAAUAAUAAUCCCGCCUUUCUUUGACCUCAUUAUGGAAAUACAUAGUCUUGCAUGAGAAACUUGUAAAAAAAAUUUCUGUUUUGUGUUGAUUAACGUAUUGCUACUUGUUAUAUUUUAAUGCAUUGUAAUAUUGCCUAAUAUGAAAGAAGCGUGUGUGUUUGUAUCUGAAUUAAUAUUAAUUAGUUGUAAGUAAUUUCAGUUGAAAGAAUCAGUCAGUUGAAAAAAUCAAUAUAAUGAAAUGAAAAUGAAAUAAAUAUAAAGACACGCGGAGAGGAAAACCGUGAUUUUGGCUGCAUGGUUUACCAUGUUCUUUUAUCUGCUAGUUGUGGCACCCACGAGUUUUGUGCAAACAGCGAAUGACUUGUAGUUUUAAUGAAUGUUUGAUGAAUUCCUUUUUUGCAAUAUUUCGCAAAAUACUCCAUUAUCCAACUCGAAAACGCAUUGAUUCACGUUACUGAGGCUGUGUACAGGGGAUUCAGCAAUCAGCAAUAUACAAGAUACCCACAAUAACGAUGGCAUGGUACAAAAGCGCCAAUCAAGAAAAUUCUGAGGUGUUAUCAGCUGAUACUCAAAAUGCGCAACCGCCGCGAAACACAAUCUCCGUAUUCCAUGGUAAAGUGCCAUUCAUAAAUUAUGUAACGCUUUUGGGGGGAGGGGUUACAACAAAUUGUGACAAGUUGUGACAUAUGAGGGAGGAGGAGUAAGUUUUAAUGUUACGUAACAUGUUUUUACGAAAGAAUUUUUUUUUAAAGAAUUUAAUACAUAAUAGGGGAGGGGGGAUAGAGAAAUUCGUGACAAUUUGUUACAUGGGGAGAGGGGGGUGUUAAAUUUGUGCCAUUUUUGCGUUACGUAAUUUAUGAAUGGUCCCUAAAUUGUGUAUGUAAAGCAUUCGAAACACUCGUGCUUGAGCGAUACAAACUGGCCGCCCUAAUUUUUGUUCUACAAACUGAAAGCCUUGAUCAUAGAUACCACACACCAUUUUAAACAGCAUUAAAUGAACGCUAAGAUUCAGGCCAACCAGUGCUCACCGUUUUCGAUAUUGCAAAACAGCUACAUUCACAUCUUUUAUGCUACAUUUACAUCUUUUAUGCGGACCGAGCAAAUAAAUCAAAUCGUUCCCACGCGCGUUGAAAUGAGUAUGAAAAUAGUUGCUUCGUUAGAAUACAGGUGAAAGUGUCAAGGUGUUCCUCAAAGCUGUGCUUUCUUUAAAUUUGGGAACAGUCGAAUCCUGGUUUCGAAAAUUAAGUGCAGUAUGACUACAAGUUUCAUUUAAACACCAAGGGGACGUAAAACUGAGACUCCGACAAUGGCGCCAGAAGACCACGCUACGGCCAUCGAUGACGUAUUGAAAAAAGUUUUUGAUGAGCUUCAACCGUAAAAAUCGGACUGGGGCUUUUCGAUUUAAUAGUCGUUUAACAAAACCUUCAGUAUAAAAGCGGGUGAAUAUGUAUCCAACCGACCGACUUUUAAUUUUGAUUUUUUUGAUAAAUGCGAUUUUUAACCGGUUUUUUAGAGAUUUAUCUUUGGGGACUUUUACAGGCUAGAACUUUUUAAGCGAUUCUUAUGCUCAAGUUUAUAUGCGAUUUUCAUGAGUUAAUAUAUUUAAAGAAUGUUUUACGAAAUAUGUUCUGCCCUUGGCACUUCAAUUUUUGGUCGGUAAUUUAUUAUCAACCGAGAAAUAAAUACCUUUCGUACACUCAGAACAAUUUGAGGUAAAAGCUCACUUUUAAAGCGGAAUCACGUUUUUAUGAUCAUGCAUACAUUUUUUUCUUUUCUUUAAUUACAAUUUCACACAUGUUUGUAAUUACUGUGUCCCAAAAAUUUGCUUUUUUAUGUGUAAACCGGGUUUUCAAUUUUCAUUCCAUUUUAUUGUCAUCGUAUUCCGAAAAAAAUCGAUACCAUAAAACGGAGUUACUUGCAAAUAUUAGUCAGCAUGCACACUAGAGUGGCUCACCAUACGACAUUUUUCAGCACAGCAUUUUUUGAGUUCCUUUUGUGGUUCCAAAUGCAUGUGCAAAAUUUAGGAGCGGUCGGUUGCUUCCCGGAUUUGCGCAUUGCGUUCGAAAUUUGUAUGGGAUUUUAUAUGGGAAAAUCAAUUAUUUUGCAUUUACGUUAAUAAACAUCGCUAUUACACUCAAUAUGAAAAACCAGCUUUUUAAAACUAUACUUCAAACCUUGGUUAACAACUUUGAAGACGAUAACUAGCUAUGUAUAAGUUUUCAAAAAAUAGUUAUAACUAUUUUAAAACUAAUGGUUCAUUUCAAAUGCAGAAAUUUACUAUUUCUUCCAACACUGUCAGUACACCACCGACACCGAUACUUGAAACUUAAAUAAACGAGAAUAUAGUCAUCGCAUAGACUUAGUAGCUUUGAAUGAAAUGUUCAGAAUUAAUUGCUGAAUAACAUAGAUGUAGUUAGAAAAUGAAAAGAGAAAGACCUUCUUGUGUACUCCCCAGUCCCCCUUUUAGGUAGUAUAUCUUCAAAGCAGGUUUAUACCGCCGAAUUGACCCUCUAGUGCCCAAAUUUUUAUUUCGCUUGAAAAAACUUUUGUAGGUGGGUUUCGUGAUGAGAAUAACGAAAAUAAUGUUGAUAAUUCAUGUAAGCAAUGGAUUUCAUAAAAAACCUUAAAAUAAGUAGGCCGCCUAGAGGCGGUUUUGGGCACCUGGGCGAAUAAAAAACAAAAACUUUUUUUUUUUUUUUUUCAUACGUCUCCCAACCUUUGAACGGAACGGAUCGUUAUAUUUCACAGUGGUGUUCGGUGUGUAAAUUUCAGUGAUUCAAGGUCAUCCUUUGUUCGUUCAUUAGCUGCCAUUCUGCUGGUGCCGGCAGUAAAUCCAGUACAUUGUUUUCGCUGGUGCGGAACAAUCGACGUUGUUUGCAGAUAAGUUUUGCUUUAUUUUUUUUCCUCGUUUGCUUUCUUUCCUUUUCCUUACUUUUACUCUACCUUGUAAUCAAAUAAUAAGACACAUUCCCGUUUAUACAACGCUCUGCCCUCGUGCUUAAAUGGCCGAGGGCGAAAUACCAUCUGAUGUAAUCAUGGAAGUCCCUGAUCCCCCUAAUACUCGCAUUGCUCCCCGUAUAAAGCAGUACCCAGAAGGUUCCUCUGGGCCAUGGGUGGUAUAUUUUCGGACCGGAGAGAAACCGGUUAAUAUAUUAAAACUUUCUCGAGAUCUGACUGCUAAUUACCCGGCCGUAACUCAGAUAACACGUGUUCGGGCAAACAAGAUACGUGUUCUAGUGAGUGAUCUCGGCCAGGCAAACGCGAUUGCUUGCUGUGAGCGCUUUACGCGGGAAUUUAAAGCGUACGUGCCUUGUGUGGCCUGUGAAAUCGAUGGGGUAGUGUCCGAACCGGGCCUGAAAUGCGAAGAACUGUUGGAGCACGGGGUUGGCUGCUUUAAGGACCCCUCACUUGAACAGAUUAAGAUCUUGGAAUGCAAACAAUUGUAUACCGCAAACACCGAGGGAGGUAAGACUACCUACUCUCUAUCAGGCUCGAUUCGGGUGACAUUCGCCGGGUCCUCUCUUCCCAACUACAUCCUCCUUGACAAGGUUCGCCUACCAGUUCGCCUGUUCGUACCGCGGGUCAUGAACUGCAGCAAUUGCAAGCAGUUGGGCCACACAGCCACAUAUUGUGGAAAUAAGAAACGAUGCGGCAAAUGCGAAGGAGAGCAUGAGGAUGACUCUUGCGACAAAGAAACUGAAAAGUGUAUUUGCUGCGGGGGCCCUUCACAUGCUCUUAAAUCAUGUCCUGCGUACAAGCAGCGCGGGGAUAAAAUUAAGCGCUCCCUUAAGGAACGCUCAAGGCGUUCUUAUGCAGAAAUGCUAAAGAAUGCUUCGCCAUCUGUCCUGUCCGAAAAUCCCUAUGCUGGUUUGGCUAACGUUCAGCAAGAAUCUGACGACCCACGAGAGGGAACAUCUUUGGUUAACCCAGGGGAAUCCAGGAAGAGGAGAAAUCCAGCCUCCCCUACAUUGCCUCGUAAGGGUGCCAAGGUGUCGUCCACUCAGAGUGCGCCAUCUACUACCAAUAAAUCCAACGGAAGUGAUGCACAAAAGCCGAAGCAAUUUGCUCCAGGACUUGGAAAUAUUAAUUCUAACAAGGAGUACCCACCACUUCCAGGGACAUCCAAAACCCCAAGUGUCCACUUUUUUCAAACAGAUACUCAGUCCAGUAGCGGACUAAUGAAAUUUUCUGACAUAGUGGACUUAAUUUUCACAGCUUUCAAUGUUACUGAUCCUCUUAAAAGCCUUCUGAUACGUUUUCUCCCUAUAGUGCAAAAAUUUCUGAAGCAGUUGACUACUAAAUGGCCCCUCCUUGCAGCGAUCGUAUCCUUCGAUGACUAAGUCAUCGAACGAGGUCACCGAUUCGAUCACUGUUCUACAGUGGAACAGCAGAAGUAUCCUCCCGAAAAUCGAUUCCUUUAAAUUUUUACUAAAUAGUUUAAAAUGUGAUGCUUUCGCAUUAUGUGAAACUUGGUUAACUUCCGAUAUAAAUCUCAACUUCCACGACUUUAAUAUAAUUCGUCUGGAUCGAGAAAACCCCUAUGGCGGAGUACUUUUGGGGAUCAAAAAGUGCUAUUCUUUCAACCGAAUUAACCUCCCUUCGACACCAGGCAUUGAAAUUGUCGCUUGUCAAGUUUUAAUCAAAGACCUUUGCAUUGCUUCCAUCUACAUUCCUCCUAGAGCCUCGGUAGGGCACCGAACGCUUUGUAAUAUCACGGAAUCCUUACCGGCACCGCGGCUAGUUCUGGGAGACUUUAACUCGCACGGUACGGUAUGGGGCUGUCUUCAUGAUGAUAAUAGAUCAACAUUAAUCCAAGAUCUUUGCGAUAAUUUCAACAUGACCAUAUUAAACACGGGAGAAAUGACGCGGAUUCCUACACCACCAGCACGCGCAAGCGCGUUGGAUUUGUCGCUUUGCUCGACAUCGCUACAGUUAGAUUGCAUGUGGAAGGUGAUCCCUGAUCCCCACGGUAGCGAUCAUUUGCCUAUCGUGAUUUCAAUUGCUAACGGCUCAAGACCAUCGGAAACAAUCAAUGUCUCAUAUGACCUCACACGGAACAUUGAUUGGAAGAGUUACGCGACCGCGAUAUCCGUUAAAAUCGAAUCUACUCAAGAACUUCCUCCGGAGGAAGAGUACAGGUUUUUGGCUGGCUUGAUUCUCGACAGUGCGAAUCAAGCUCAGACUAAACCAGUACCCAGCGCGAAUACCCAUGGACGGUCUCCCACCCUGUGGUGGGAUAAAGAGUGCUCAGAGCUGUACGCGGAAAAGUCCACUGCAUAUAAGGCCUUCCGGGAAGACGGGUUACCCGCUAGCUAUCAACAGUACGCGUCGUUAGAAAGGCGAAUGAAGAGUCUAAUGAAAGCCAAAAAACGCAGUUAUUGGCGCCGGUUCGUCGACGGGUUAACGAGAGAAACAGCGAUGAGCACUCU